GAAGCCUUGUGGAACCUGUUUCCUUAGUGUACAGAGACUCUAAACUGCAGUCUAUCUAUUCAAAACAAGUGUUGGUAUUUUUGAGGAGAACGAUUCCCAUUAAGAACCGACUCUUUUAUCUUCGCAACGCCUUUCACUCUAAAGCUCCACAGAAUCCGGAGUCGACUCAUUUCUCCUCGGUUGACUCCCAGCCGGAGCCGAGAGGCAGCUACAGAGUUUGUCCCUGUGGCCGCCAUUAAAGGAUACAGACCCAUGUAGCUAUUCAAACAGAAAAAACAGCAAGACAUUGAUGAGAAAGCGGACAAUGUUUCGCGUUUUAAACGAUUUUGCACUUCGGCUUUUAAUUGAUAUUUAAUGGGCAUUUUCUAAUGUGAACACCUUCUUGUGAAGACCGAGAAAAUAGUGGGGAUUUUUUUUGUAACUGAACACUUUUGUUUUUUUACUGGACUUGACUGCCUGGGCUGCCAAUCGGUUAGCCAGCUAGCUAACGUUAGCUAGCUUGUUAGCUAACGCUAGUGGGUUGGCUAGCUAGCCGUCCAGAUACUCUGAUGCUAAGUGAGGGGGGAGGGGGAAUUACCUCGAACAAUUUGAUUUACGUUGUUUUUAUCGGAUUUUUUUGCAAACAGAAAACGGAACGGUAUUUCGCAGAGCCGGGUACUCUUUUAGCACCGCUUAUAUUUGUUUUCCACCGCGGCUAAGUAACUAAGCGAAUGUUGGCGAGUUCAACAAGAGACUGGAGGAUUUGAAUAGUUAGCUCGCUAGCAGCUAAACUUGCCCGAGACGCGUCUUGACGGCUGAUUUGUUUGCGGAGCUGCUCUGCUGGAGUUUAUACUCAGCCAGCCACAAAACACUCGAACGCACUCGUAAAAAAAAAAUCUGUUCCUUUGCUGUGAAAUGAUGGCGAGAUUGGCUUCACCCUGAAGAUGAGUUCUUGUUUUGUACCCAACGGGGCGAGCCUGGAGGACUGCCACUCCAACCUAUUUUGUCUGGCUGACCUCUCAGGCAUCAAAUGGAAGUGCUUUGUAUGGCAAGGCCCCACAUCUUCACCCAUCGUCUUCCCUGUGACUGAGGAGGACCCCAUCCUGUGCAGCUUCAGCCGGUGCCUGAAGGCAGACGUGUUGAGCGUAUGGCGGCGGCACCAGACACCUGGACGCCGAGAGCUCUGGCUCUUCUGGUGGGGCGAUGAUCCCAACUUUGCCGAGCUCAUCCACCACGAGCUUUCAAGUGAUGAAGACGGCGUGUGGGAAAGCGGUUUGACAUACGAGUGCCGCACACUGCUCUUCAAAGCCAUCCACAACCUGCUGGAGCGCUGCCUCAUGAACCGCUGCUUUGUGCGCAUCGGCAAGUGGUUUGUCAAACCCUACGAGAAAGAUGAGAAGCCCAUCAACAAGAGCGAGCAUCUGUCCUGUUCCUUCACCUUCUUCUUGCAUGGAGACAACAACGUGUGUACCAGCGUGGAGAUCAACCAGCAUCAGCCUGUCUACCUGCUGAGUGAGGAACACCUGACUCAGGCCCAGCACAGCAGCAGCCCAGUGCAAGUGAUUCUCAGUCCAUAUGGUCUGAACGGUACACUCACCGGCCAGUCCUUUAAGCUUUCUGAUCCGCCGACACAGAAGUUAAUAGAAGAAUGGAAGCAGUUCUACCCCAUUGGCCCCAACACCAAGGAGACCCCAGAAGACAAGUUAGACGACUUGGACUGGGAAGAUGACUCUUUGGCUGCUGUGGAGGUUCUUGUUGCUGGAGUGAGGAUGGUGUACCCGGCGUGCUUGGUGCUCGUAGCCCAGUCGGAUAUUCCAACCCCGGCUGCAGCAAGCUCCUCUGGCACUAUGAUUACCCCGGGAGGACAUCAUAGUCACACCAUACACAGAGAAUCUGCCCUCUCUUCAGUUACUCUCACUCCUCCAACUUCACCAGAGGAAGCUCAAAAAGUUCCUCAGCCUGCUCCAAGAUGGACAAAAAUUUCCUCAGCAGCUGAUGGCUUUAGUAUGGACAGUACUAGUCAUCAUGGGGGUAAAGUUCCUCGCAAGCUGGCUAGUCAUUUGUUGGAGGCAGUGUGGCAGGAAUGCAAUGUCGACCGUGCUCAGAAGAGAAAGUUCUCAUCUUUAGCUGGUGGUCUAUGUGAGGAGGAGAUGGAUAAAGCUGUUGUUUGGGAUUUUGUUGAACGCUAUCAAAGGAUGCAGUGCAAUUGUUCAAGACACAAAAACCUGAAGCAGCGUACGAGUAACACUCCUGGACUUCCCCUCCCUGCUGGCCAGCCCUCUCAACUCCCCUCCAAAUACAAAGUGGCAGAGAAGCCAGAGAAAGCAGAGAAACAGCAGAAGAGGCCUCAAACACCUUUCCACCACCGCAGCUCUGUGGGUGAGGAUUUGAGCCUGGAGCCAGAUGAGAGAGGCAGCCAUUACCGUGCUCUUCACCAUGGGGAUGUUGAUACGAGCAAAUCUCAAACCCUGCACACAUCAUCCAGGGACAUGGUUGGCUCACCUCCACCUCCACCGCUCAGCCCACACCCCUGUGAGCGAGAGGAAGAGACACCAGCAGAGCUGAAACGCUCUUCCACCCCCCUUCAUCAACAGUUCUACCCUCCCUCUUCCGAGGCCUGCCUUCUGCCUUCAAAAAGCCCUGAUCGCGCUUCCUUUGACCCCUUGACCUCGGCGUAUGCUACAGCUUACCCAGACUCUCUGGAACCCACAGUGUAUGUUGGCUCAGCCAUCAGCCCCAACGAGGAUACGAGUCACAACCCCUGGAGGUACUUCAGACUCCCUGGCAAAAGAAACAUGGACCUACUGCCUCCUCAGCUUCCUGUGGACAAACUGAAGCAGGACAGCCUGGACAGCGCUGUUUCUGUCACAGAGAUGAUGGCUUCCUCUGCGACUCUGAAGGUGUCAGAGGAGCGGGUGAAGAUGUACAUUCAAAAGAAGAACCAGUAUCUCUCAGUAUCUGUGUGUGAUGGAGAGCAGGAGCUGGAUGCAGAUCCCUAUGCUUUUGUGGAGGGAGACGAGGAGUUCUCUUUCACUGAUAAAGAGAAGAGGCCUGGAGCAGAACCUGCAAAGAGAAACAAAAGGGAUGAUGGAAGUACGUCUUCGACUGAUGACACUCAUGGCUCAGCCUGCAGUAAACCUCUCCCAUCCACCAGCCUAAUACAUGAGACCGACCUGGCUGUGUCAAUAAACGAUCUGGAUAAUCUCUUCAACUCUGAUGAAGAUGAGCUUACGCAGCCUGGAGCCAGGAAAACUGGGAGUGGAGCUGAGGAGAAAUUUGGUGGCAAGGAGCCCAAACCAGCAGCAGCAGACACUCUGUCAUGUUUAAGUGCUGCAGAUCUACACCAGAUGUUUCCCACACCUCCAUCUCUGGAGCAACACAUCAUGGGCUUCUCCCCCAUGAACAUGGGCAGUAAGGAGUGUGGUUCUAUGGAAACUGGGCCAGGUUUCACUCUGGCAGAUGGGCCAUUGCUCAUUGGGACUUUUAAAAUGGAGGUGGAGGAAGGGCUUUGCAGCCCCAAGCCCACAGAGAUCAAGGAUUUUUCUUUUGUAUUUAAGCCAGAGCCUAGUCAGGUUUUUGUGGGCAGCUCUCUGUAUGCUCCCUUAAAGACACUUCCUAGUCAAUGCCUGAUUUCCCUCAAGCUGCCAGAGGAGUGUGUGUACCGGCCCAGCUGGACUGUGGGCAAACUGGAGAUGCUGCAGCCAGUGCCUGCCAUGUCUUUCCUUGGCAAGGAGAGUAACAUCCCUAGUGUGGGCAGUGCCAUGGAGCUGCAAGACUACACACAAACGUACACCCCUCAGACCCACACUCCCUUUCAGUCCAGCAGUGCCCCACCUAGCAACAGCGGUGCAGGUAUCCUACCCUCACCUGCCACGCCUCGCUUUUCAGCACCCACACCGAGGACACCACGCACCCCCCGCACCCCGCGUGGCCCUGCUAGCGCCCAGGGCUCAAUGAAAUAUGACAACUCUGACCUGUAUUCUCCCGCCUCCACCCCCUCCACCCUCAGGCCUCUCAGCUCGGUGGAACCAGCUACAGCGCCUUCGGUGCCUGAGGCCCACAGCCUCUAUGUCACUCUCAUCCUCUCUGACUCAACCAUGAACUUGUUUAAAGACUGUAAUUUUGACAGUUGCUGUGUGUGUGUGUGCAACAUGAACAUCAAGGGUGCUGAUGCAGGUGUUUACAUUAGUGACGCAGGCCUGGAUUCACAAUAUUCCAGUACAGAAACCUGCUCCUGUGGCUUCAGUGCUGUCGUCAAUCGGCGCUAUGCGAAUGGUGCUGGCCUCUUUCUUGAGGAUGAGCUAGACGUUGUGGGCAGGGGCACGGAUGCUGGCCGAGAAGCAGAAAAGCACCUGGAAGCACAGCGCCGUGCUUCCUCAGUGCACCUCCAAGACGAGCUGCUCCUUCUGCUGCAGGAGCAAUCCUCCAAUCCCUUUCCUGCUCUUUGCAUGCCAGAGCCCAGAGUCGGCUUAGUACCACGGCCACCUCGGCGCCUGGAGGAGAGGGACUACUGCAGCGACUGCUACCUGGCUUUGGAGCAUGGUCGUCAAUUCAUGGACAACAUGUCUGGAGGAAAAGUUGAUGAAACCCUGGUCAAGAACUCGUGUUUGCACCCCUGGGCCAAUCGCAACGCCAUGGACGUGAGUUUGCUCUUCUCACAGGAUGUGCUGAGGAUGUUACUGUCUCUGCAGCCUGUGCUGCAGGACGCCAUCCAGAAGAAGCGAUCUGUGCGCUCCUGGGGUGUUCAGGGUCCCCUUACUUGGCAGCAGUUCCACAAGAUGGCUGGCAGGGGAUCCUAUGGUACCGAUGAAUCUCCCGAGCCGUUGCCCAUACCGACUUUCCUAGUUGGUUACGAGUAUGACUUUGUGGUUCUGUCACCUUUUGUCCUGCCCUACUGGGAGAAGCUGUUACUGGACCCCUUUGGUUCCCAGAGAGAUGUUGGCUAUGUGGUGGUGUGUCCUGACAACGAGACUCUGCUGACUGGUGCUAAAACUUUCUUCAGAGACUUGACUGCAGUCUAUGAGGCAUGUCGGCUUGGUCAGCAUAAGCCCAUCUGCAAGGCCUACGCUGAUGGGAUAGUAACAGUGAGUACUGCUGGCUUGAGGCCUCAGGCAGAGCAACCGCUCAGUGACUGGUUCUUCAAAAUGUGCAACAGCAUCAACGGUGACUCCAUAACAAAACUUAAACUCUACGCACAAGUGUGCCGACAUGACUUGGCUCCAUACCUGGCAGCCCAGUCUUUAGACAGCUCCUUGCUCUCUCAGCGGAACCCUUCAUCGUCCUCCUCCACAACACAGCCUGCCAGCUCCAGCAGCACCUCGACAGGCCCUCAGAACUCCUCCACUGCCACCAGCACCUCCACAGCCAGCAGUAACAGCAGCACCCCAGCACCCACCUCUGCCACCUCCUCUAACUCUCAGGGUUUGGGAGGCUUAGGAUCUAAUAAGCCCAGUUCUCUCCCUCCCUUUGGAGCUCAAGGAAUUCAGCAUGCUGGAGCCCAGAACAUAGGCACCAUAGGGGACAGCACAUCAGCCACCAGCCAGCCACAGGCUCAUCCUGAGCCCCCUGAGAGCACUAUGGAGAGGGACAAAGUGGGAGUGCCAACAGAUGGAGACUCCCAUGCUGUCAGCUACCCUCCUGCUAUAGUUGUCUACAUAGUGGACCCAUUUAGCUAUGAGGAGACGAACAGAGGCUGCAACUCUAGUGUUUGGAGUCUGGGGCUCCUCUACUGCUAUAUGGAGAUGCUGCAGUUUUUGCCUCCACAUAUAAGGAAUGCUGUGUCUGUGCAGGUGGUUCCCUGCCAGUAUCUGCUGCAGCCCGUACGGAGUGAGGAGAGGCAUAUGUAUGCCCAGCAUUUGAAGUCCCUGGCUUUCUCUGUCUACACACAGUGCAGGAGGCCUCUCCCAAACUCUACCAACGUCAAAACACUAACAGGUUUUGGCCCUGGACUUGCCAUAGACACUGCAUUACAGAGCUCUGAGAGGGCAGAGUUUGUGCGUCUCUACACACCACCAUUUGUCCUGGCUCCAGUGAAGGACAAGCAGACAGAGCUGGGUGAGACCUUUGGCGAGGCAGCGCAAAAACACAACGUCCUCUUUGUGGCCUACUGUUUGUCUCACGACCAGCGCUGGCUGCUGGCCAGCUGCACCGACCAGUACGGAGAGCUGCUGGAGACAUGCAUCAUCAGCAUAGAUGUGCCCAACAGAGCUCGGAGGAAAAAGGGCUCAGCCCGUCGACUUGGCCUUCAGAAGCUCUGGGAGUGGUGUGUGGGCCUGGUGCAGAUGACCUCACUUCCUUGGCGAGUUGUGAUUGGACGGCUUGGUAGAAUGGGUCAUGGGGAGUUGCAAGAUUGGAGCAUCCUGCUAAGCAGGCGUAACUUGCAGUCUCUGAGCCGCCGCUUGAAGGAGAUGUGCAGGAUGUGUGGCAUCUCAUCAGCAGAUAGUCCCAGCAUUCUUAGUGCCUGCUUAGUUGCCCUAGAGCCUCAGGCAACAUUUGUCAUUAUGCCAGACUCUGUAUCUACUGGUUCCGUGUUUGGCCGCAGCACUGCUCUCAAUAUGCAGACGUCACAGCUGAACACCCCUCAGGACACCUCUUGUACCCACAUACUGGUGUUUCCCACCUCUGCUGUAGUCAUCGACACACCCUUCAAUCCCAUUCAUGAUGCAUCAGAUGCCAUGGGCGGUAUGGAUGGAAUCCUGGACCUGCUUGUGGAGAAUGAUGUGGACCCUGACCUCAUUAAUAUAUUACCUAAUUCUCCUACAACUUCCCCAGUGCACUCGCCUGGCUCACACUACCACCAUGGAGGAGAUGGCAGCAAGGGCCAGAGUACAGACCGCAUGGAGUCUCAUGAUGAAACUCCCAACAUCCUGCAGCAGCCGAUGGCACUUGGUUACUUUGUGUCCACAGCCAAAGCAGGGCCGUUGCCUGACUGGUUUUGGUCCUCUUGCCCUCAGGCCAAGAACCAAUGCCCCCUCUUCCUGAAGGCAUCUUUACACCUGCACGUCUCCUCAGUGCAGUCCGAUGAGCUGCUGCACAGUAAACACUCCCACCCACUCGACUCUAACCACACCUCAGAUGUGCUCAGGUUUGUGCUGGAGCAGUACAACGCCCUCUCCUGGCUGACCUGUGACCCUGCCACGCAGGACCGCCGCUCUUGUCUCCCUGUGCACUUUGUCGUGCUUAACCAGAUGUACAACUUCAUCAUGAACGUGCUGUAAAAUCAUUACUUGCUGUGAUGCACUGCUACUGCAGACCAUAGCACACAUCACACAGUCAGUCUGGGCACUUGGGAAGUGCAGGGAUACAUUAGCAUUGCCAAGAGUCCAUCUCAAAAACAACUGGAGCUAAAGGGACUAGUCUACUGAAAUGUUCUUUUUAAUGACCUGAUAUUUUGGUCUGGGUAAGAUCUUUUGCAAAUGAAAUGCCUGCAUAUAUCUUAUUUAUUGUACGUUUUUAAAUGUGUAAUUUCUUAAUCUUUUAUAUAUAUAAUAUCUGAAGGUACACAUUGCCUUCCUAUAAAAUUAAAAAUGCUCUAACAUGUAUGUAAUUGUCUUAAUUGCAAGGCAAGAACUGACAAGUGUAUUUGCAGUAGGUUGCUUUUAGAGAAGUAUUUUCUGAGAGUGGAAAGACAAUUUUUAUUGCCAUGAUGUACAAAUGAAGUAUGCUGAAGCUGUUCUUAGCCUUGUGUGGUGGAAACUGCAGGAUAGGCUGUAGUUGCAGAAUACCUGUACAGCGAUUUAAUGUGUUCAAAUAAGAGAACAAGAGAUACAUUGUCAAAUUAUAUAUUUUAUAUCAGAUUUAGAGAAUUGUGUGUGUAAAUAUCUAUAUAAAAUGUGUACAUACAAUCUUGUGCCGCUAUGAAUGGUGCAGCCAAUUUUAGGAAUAAAGUGCGUCAACCUGAAA